UGUCCGCCAGAAGAAGAAGGAGGAACAGAAGAAGAAGAAGGACCGGGCGGAAGUGACGUCAGCCGGGAUGAAAACAUGGUUGAAGAGAGUGAAAUCCGCGUGGUUCAUCAGGGAGGCAGUAAAAUCACCUUCAGGAAGCCGCUGAUCAGCUCCGACAGCAGGUUCCUGCUCUGCGCCUCCGGCCACCAUGUGAAGGUGUUCAGCAUCCUGACCGAGGAGUGUGUCCAGGAGCUGCGGGGACACACCGACCUGGUUACCGGGCUGCUGCCCCGGGCCUCCAACCAUCUGCAGAUCUACUCCUGCUCAGUAGAUGGCACCGUCAGACUGUGGGACUUCACAGAUGGCGUUCUCAUCAAGACCUUCGCCGUCGGAUAUCCCAUCUACUCCUUCUACGGCUCCUCCACCCACCAGGAGGUGCUCUUCAUCGUCACGCCCUCACAGAGGAAACGCUCAUCAGAUGCGUUCCAGCUGCUUGCCAUCCGUCUCCCGCAGCGCUCUGACCAGCUGGUGGACGCCACCGAUGUCUCUGUGGUUCUGGAGGAUGUCGGCUCCAACCCUGCAGCCGUGUCCUUCGGUAGAGAGGGAGAAUAUGUGGCCUCAGCUAAAGAUCUCCAGCUGGAGAUCUUCUUCUUCAAGAAGGAAAAGUCCUACAGGUUCUCUCUGAAGGAGGACAACAAGAAAGGAGGCAGGAACACCUUCACCUGCGUGGCCUGCCACCCCAAAGACGACUGCGUGGCUACGGGACACGAGGACGGGAAAAUCCGGCUGUGGAGAAACUUCAACCACAGAAAGGAGUACACCUACUCCACCCUGCACUGGCACCACAGCGCCGUCAGCUCGCUGUGCUUCACCCCCGAAGGCACCAACCUGCUGAGCGGAGGCGUGGAGUCGGUUCUGGUCCAGUGGAGAUACAAGCAGGAGAGCCAGCUGGACUACCUGCCGCGUCUCGGAGCCGCCAUCACGCACAUCGCCGUCUCACCAGACGGGACGCUGUUUUCUACAUCCCACAGCGACAACAAAAUCACGCUGAUCCACGGCGGCGUGAAGGUGUCGGCCAUCAUCCAGGGUCUGGUCCAAGGAGAAAGCGUCCAGACGGAUCUGCUGGUGGACCCUCGCAGCAAAGCUCUGGUGCUGAACGGAAAACCGGGUCACCUCCAGUUCUACUCGCUCCAACGAGACAAACUUCUGUUCAACCUGGACGUGGUGCAGCAGGAGUUCAUCCACCAGUCGGGUCUGGCCCAGUUCCAGGUGGUCCGGGCAGCGAUGGACGGUUCCGGCAGCUGGUUGGCCACCGUGGAGGAGAGGAAGCAGAAAGCUGCUCAGGUGGAGUUGAACCUGAAGCUGUGGGCGUUUGAUGAGCAGACCCAGAGUUUUGUGCUGAACACGACCAUCUGGGCCCCCCACGAGGCCGGGAUUACCUCCAUGUGCUUCGAGCAGGCGGGCGGCAGCGGGACCGCCCUGCUGGUGUCCAGCAGCAGAGACAGACACUACAAAGCCUGGCAGCUGGCGGCGCCGGCCCACACAGACGACGGCGCCCCCUCCUGGUCUUGUGACUUCGUCGGCGCCUACCACGGCCUGGUUCCGGAACGCUGCUGCUUCUCUGCCGACGGCUCUCUGCUGGCCGUCAGCUUCCAGGAAGUGGUGACCGUCUGGAGCCCGACUUCCUGGGAACUCCUGGUGACGCUGUCGCAGCCGCCGGGCGCCAUCAGGGAUCUCUGCUUUGGACGUCUGAGCUGCUCAAAGUAUCUCCUGGCAACAACCAGAACCCAACGGCUCUGCUGCUGGAACCUGCUCACCUGCUCCUUGGAGUGGACCACGCCGAUGGACGCCGAUCUGCUGCUGGCCGACCCGCUAUCGGAGAACAUGGCCGCCUUCUGUCACCGGGAUGGAUCCACUGACUUGUUCGUCUUCAGGCCCAGCGAGCCGCGGCCGCUGUUCUCCCAGAAGGCAGUGUGCUCGGGGCGAGUGAACCACGCUGUCUUUGCGCCGAGGGAGACGAUGCUGGAGAGCUGUGAGGAGAGCAGCCAGUGGCUGAACCGCUCCAGGCUGUACUUCCUCAGCCCGCUGAUGGACCUCCUGACCUUCACCACCAGAGCUGAGGAGGAGCGUCUGAUGGCUUCCAGCAAACAGCUGGUGGUCGACGACAGUGUUGCCAUGACGCCAUUUUACCUGCGGCUGGGCAAACAUGGACGCCAGCAGCAAGAGACGGAGGCGCGGGCGGUGAGAGGCGCUCUGCCUCAGGGUUCAGCGGCCAUCAGAGAGCUCCUGCAGAGCCCCGCCCACGUCCUCCCCGCCGCGUCCUUCCUCUGCUCCAUGUUCGUUCAGUCUCUGCUCAUCUCCGUCAACGAGCGCAGGGAGGAAACCAAACCUGCUAAGGAGGAACUGGAGAGUGAGAAAGAAGAAGAAGAAAGUUCUGAUGAGGAAACGGGAUCCAGAGUCACACGACCAGAGGAGGGAACGUCAGGCGGGCCUGAGGUGGAGGGUCUUGGCCCGGUCUUGACCAAAGCCAAGCUUAGGGAACUGAGGAGGGUGAGGAAACUGGACCAUAGCUGGGUCAGGGACCUGCUGGACUCCUGAGACUAAAAGCGGUCCUGGUACUCCAAAGAACUGGACAGUUGCUGGGUUUUUAUUAAGGAGGGAAAUUGCUAAUUGGAUUAGUAUUUGCAGCAGAACCAGGUCGGUUUGGUUCUGAUCCGUUUCAGACCUUAUUUUUGCAGUUAUUCAUGUUCCUCCUUGCUUCAUUGGACCGGAAGCAUAAGUCCUGUUUUAUUCCUGAUGUAACUAAUAAAAUGAAAGAUAAGCCAAACUGUA